AUGUGCAGAGCAGGUAAUCGUGGACUGUUGUUCUUGUCAGGGGUUUCGGCUAGCAAUGAAUAUUUUCUGUGUUUUUCUACCAGCUUCCGUUUUGAUGAGUUCCAUGUUUUAUGCAGCACAGAGGACAACUACCGAUUCAACUGAGACAUUGUUCCUCCAAAGGAGUGGAAGCCUCGAGGUUCUUACGACGACAUUGAUGAUUUGGUGAUUCCAGCUCCCAUUCAGCAGGUGGUGACGGGUCAGUCUGGCCUUUUCACUCAGUACAACAUCCAGAAGAAGGCCAUGACUGUCAGAGAAUUUCGCAGGAUUGCCAACAGUGACAAGUUCUGUAGUCCACGUUAUGAUGAUUUUGAAGAGCUGGAAAGGAAAUACUGGAAAAAUGUAACAUUUAAUCCCCCCAUAUAUGGAGCAGAUGUUAAUGGAAGCUUGUAUGACCCUGACAUCAAAGAAUGGAACAUUUGCCACUUGGGCACCAUUUUGGAUACUGUGGAACGUGACAGUGGCAUCACCAUUGAGGGUGUGAAUACACCCUACUUGUAUUUUGGUAUGUGGAAGACUACCUUUGCGUGGCACACCGAAGACAUGGACCUCUACAGCAUCAAUUACUUGCAUUUUGGAGAACCCAAAUCUUGGUAUUGUGUUUCCCCAGAGCAUGGGAAGAGACUAGAGCGUUUGGCUAAAGGGUUUUUUCCUGGUAGUUCUCAAAAUUGCGAGGCCUUUUUAAGACACAAAAUGACUCUCAUCUCUCCUUCAAUACUGAAGAAAUACGGCAUUCCAUUUGAAAAGAUCACACAGGAAGCCGGUGAGUUCAUGAUCACGUUCCCCUACGCCUACCAUGCUGGUUUCAACCAUGGUUUCAACUGUGCCGAGUCCACCAACUUCGCCACAGAGAGGUGGAUCGAGUACGGCAAGCAGGCCGUUUUGUGCUCGUGUCGUAAAGACAUGGUGAAGAUUUCGAUGGAUGUAUUUGUUAGGAAAUUCCAGCCAGAUCGCUACGAACAGUGGCUAGCAGGACGAGAUACGGUUUCCAUCGACCACUCACUGCCCACUCCCGAGGCCAAGGAGUUUUUGGGCCACGCCUUUACCAACAGCAUGAGCAGCUGCUUCACUGACAUCUGCAGGGAAGAUGGAGAGCGGAAAAGCACACAGAGAAUAGAAACCAAGAGACACCGGGUGUGUUUGGAAGUGCCCAAUGAGGUUGUUCCUAAAGAUGAAGAUGAAAAUUAUUCUGAGCAGUAUGGAAAACGCCCCAGGCUAAGUCUUAUACCACCUCGAACUAUUGCACAAGAUGGCAGAAAAAAUAAAGGCCCUCCAAAGUUGGUUGUCACACCAACAAAGCUUACAUUAAGGGAUCCAUUUCACAGGGGCCAGAGUAAUGGUGAUGGAGGUCGUUCUGCUGUCCAUUCAAAGACCGGUGCACCUGCAGUCUCAUCUCAGUCAAAACCCAGAAAUGGACAUUUAUCAGUUUCAGUGGCACCUACAUGGACGGACGCCCCUGCUCAACCUGUACGCAAAAUGGGGGUGGCCAGCCUUCUCUUCCACAAGACACUGAGUGCUAAAGACACACUUCAAGUUCACAGCUAUACUUUGGAAAAGAAGCGUGAAGCUCCUACACAGCUCCAGGUUCACAGCUAUGCCAGAGAGCAUCAGCCUCACCAUGUCCAGAAUAAAACCACUACACACACUCAGGUUCACUCCUCAUCCCACAAAACCUGCUGCCAGAAAACAAAACCUGAACCCCCAGUCAUUCUAUCUGAAAUGAUACACCAUGAGAAAGAAGUACACAGUCCUGUUACGCAGGAUGAAGAAGAACACAAAGACAGAGUACUGAUCCCCAUUGAGGGUCUGAUGGAAGUCAAGGCGCCUGAAGCUGAGCAAAACAGCAAGUCUUCUCAUUCCCAGACCCAAACACCCCAAGACGUCAGCAAGUUGACAAUGGUGACUCCCAAAACCAACAAGCGAAAGAGUAACCAGUGUCCAUUAGUGGAUCAUGGCCUAAUCACSCUGAAAGACACCAGUCCUGUCAGAAACCCAGUGCAGGAUGACAUAAAAGUGAUUCCUCACACUUAUUAUGUUUCGGACGAGCAGUCAUAUUGCAAGUCAGUGGCAAAGAAAGAGGAAWCCCUGCUCAGUAGGCUGCCUCGUCAUCACCCUCUGCUCAGAGAGGCCCACAGCGAUGAUGAUAUAAAAGUAGAAGUCGAGGUUGAACGAGAAGAAAAGGAGGAGUGGGCAAAGCCACUGGUCCAGCUGUGGCAGUGUCGACCCUAUAAUCCCCAGGUAGAGUGGGAGUAUAACAAAAGUAUGGGUCAGCAGGCUCCUUACUGCUCCAUCUGCCUGCUCUUCUACACUUAUCAUCAGACCGAGUCUAAUAAUGAUGACUCCAGCUUGAUGCUGGUGAGCCGUCCAGGGGGGCGUCAGUGGUCCAAACCUCUGAUCCCUGAAAUGUGUUUCAACACACAAUCCAGCAAGACGAACGAUGCAGCUGAGGGACAGCUUUCUAAUCCUCACACAGCCGAAGACGGGACGAGUCGGCUGAUCAGCUGUGCUCAGUGCUGCGUUCGAGUGCAUGCAAGUUGCUAUGGUGUGUCUGGAGAUGAAGCAGAGCUAGACGACUGGUUUUGUGCUCGCUGUGAAGCCAGUGCCAUCACCGAGGACUGUUGCCUGUGUUCACUAAGAGGAGGAGCUUUACAGAGAGCCAACAAUGACAAAUGGGUUCAUGUACUUUGUGCUAUCACUGUCCUGGAAGCUCGCUUUGUCAACAUCACCAAGCGGAGUCCCAUUGACCUCUCUGCCAUUCCUUUUCCUCGGUUCAGACUGAAGUGUGCAUACUGCAGGAAGCGAAUGAAGAGGGAGAUGAAGGGCUGCUAUGUGCAGUGCUCUCAUGGGCGUUGCUCCACAGCUUUUCACCCCACCUGUGCUCAGGCAGCAGGUGUCCUCAUGUAUCCAGAUGACUGGCCCUUCAUAGUCUUCAUCACCUGCCACAGACACAGAGCGCCCGUCAUACCUGAGCGGAACAAGGAYUCUAUGCGAGAACUGUCACCAGGCCAGAAGGUGAUCUGCAAAUACAGAAAUUCUCGUUACUAUCACAGCGAAGUGAUGGAGUUGACCACAGCCACGUUCUAUGAGGUGGUGUUUGAUGAUGGCUCAUACAGUGACAACCUAUUUCCUGAGGACAUUGAGAACCGUGACUGCAUCCGACUUGGCCCGCCCUCUGAAGGUGAGGCCGUUCAGGUGCGAUGGACAGACGGGUUGAUAUACGGAGCCAAGUUUGUAACGUCCCACUCCAUCCCCAUGUACCUGGUGGAGUUUGAAGAUGGGUCACAAAUCACAGCCAAGAGAGAAGAUAUUUACACUCUUGACGAAGAUUUGCCGAAACGAGUCCAGUCUCGCAUGUCAGUGGCAUCGGAUAUGCGCUUUGAGCUGACCAAGAACAACGUCAAACAGAACUCCAAACGCCAACGAGUCAUCAACUCUCGAUACAGAGAGGACUACAUUGAGCCCGUCGUCUACAGGGCCAUCAUGGAGUGACUUCCCUUUUCUACACAGUGCUGCAGCUUUUUGCUUCUACUGAGUGCUAAUAGGAAUGGACCACACACACACACACACACACACACACACACACACACACACACACACACACACACACACACACACCCUGUUCUUCCACAGCCACUCAGGCAUCAUAUUUAAGAUAAUCGGCAGGGACUGAAAGACUUGUCUGUGCUUUAAAAAAAACUGUUAGAUUUCUAUUUUUAAUCACACUGUAAAUGGAUCUUUUUCUCCUCUGGUUUUGGAUUUAAUUUCUUAUUUUUCUCAGAAAAAAGACAAUAAAUGCUAAAGGUUUAACUGUAACUGCUCUACCGCCAUAAUUGGGCACAACAAAAAUGCAGUUUUGUAUGUGAUGCUUUUUCUACAAACUACUGAAUUUUUUUCAAAUCAAAAUAACUCAUCAGAAGAAAUAUUACAUUAUUGUAUUUUUCAGUUUGUUUGUUUUUUUCUUAGAUUUCUUGAUCUUUGGAGUCGGGCAGCUGGGCGACCAUCUGCAGUAGUUUUAUGUGAAGGAUGAUAGUUUCCACUUAUUUAGCUAGUUGAUCUUUACAUUUUAAGAGUUUUGAUGUGUAAAUUAAUUUACCAUUUAAACCAAAGUCUGAACAUGUUGGAAUACAAAUUAAGAAGUAUUUGUUCUGAAAAUGUCACAGUUAAUUGGAAUUACACUUGUGUAAGAAAAGAUCAAUCACUCCUUUGUAGCUUAAAAUAACUUCGUAAUGCCUCAAAGUUUUAAAUAUAGAUUCUUGAAUUAUUUUAAGAUCAACCAGAACAUGAAAUAUAAAUGACCAUCCUCAGCCCAUUACAAUACAGUUUUCAAUAGCAUCAUUUUCUGGAAAAUUAACCAAUAGACAAAUAAAAUAUUACAUAAUUUCUAUAAGAACAAUUAAGGCACACCACAGAGUUUUUCRUCACAUUUAAUAACAGCUGUUAAACAUAGACUGCCCAACUAAUUCAACCACUAAUCCUUMUUUCUUUAUUACUGUUAUUAGUGAAAUGCUCAGUUUUUUCUUGCUCGCUGCAGAAAUCACCUGUUGUUUGAGGAGACUUCAUGCAGCCACUCAGGUACUUCAAUUGCUUGCUUUUAAUGUUGUUUAAGACAAUAUUCUUGUAGGCUCCAACUUUCCAAAGUAUAGACAAUAAGAGCGUGAUYUUAAAGUUAACCACGUGUUUAACUGUGACGAAGCUGUCUGCCUGUAGCUAUUAAAAUCAGCCCAAAGCUGUUAUCUGUUGUUAAGUUUAGAGUAACGCCUUAUUCUAAAACAAAAAAUCACAAAUAUGUCUUAUAUAUCAUAUGUCACAGAUUAAUCUGCCAACAUUAGCUARAUUAUUUAAAAUAAAUUACUUAUAGGAUCAUAAAGAUGCAGCAGCAGCUCACUGUAGGCCACAGUUUAUUUAUUUUUUGGCAUAAAUACUCUGCUGGAUUAUAGUGGGAUUUGUCAGCAGAAAUAAAACUGAGGCCAUGGAUCUCAUUUGAAAGAGGUCCGUCUACAAGUUCUUCUAAUUUACAUAAAAAAGUUUUGGUUUGGUUAAUAAAAAAACGAAUAUUAACCCAAAAAAAGGUGUGUAUCAGCCAUCGACUGGCCUAGUUUUUAAAACGGGCCAAAGAAAAUGCUCACACAGGUUGAUCUCCACCGUCACCCAACCCUGUUGACCUUUUCUCAUUUUUAACUCGACAACUGAAGACUUGGAGCAAGUUGAUAAUAUUAUUUGACUCACUGAUGCUGAGUUAGGAGACACRCUUCAGCUCUUUUUAAAGUUAGUCCAUCUUCACUCCGACACAUUUAACGGCCUUUAAGGAUUUAUACGUACCAGGCUCGCUUUGUGUUAACCUUUGUACAUAAUACUGUUUAUGUUUAUUUAUGCAACUGCAUCUAGACUGAGGAAAGCUAUUUUUGUCACGUCCUUUUCACGUUUUAAAGGAAACUAUAGAUAUAUUUAUAUUUAUUAAAAAUUAUGUUUGCAGGCUUGAGGCUUUUUCUUUUUUUUGAAGGAAUUGGACAUUGAAAAUAAAAAGACUUGAGUUUCUUCUAAAACAAAAGCUCUUAUUCCCUCAUUGUGUCGUAGAAAGAACUUGUUUUUGACAAGUCUGGUUUUGUUUGUGUGGGUUUUGACUAGAAGUUAGAUCUAGAAAAUGUAAUUCAAUGUAACAGUUUGAUCCCUAUAUAUAUAAAAGCUGAGAAGCAGGUAUUUUUCUCAUCAGUUUAUUGUACCAGUUUUAUAGUAAAGGARUCUAGCUGGUCUUUCAGUAGGAUACAGUGUCUGGACACUUUUUAUAACUUUGGGUUURCUUGGAUUUGUCUCUAAAGCUGCUUUAAAUCUGUGCAUUCUUUGUAAGCAACUGUUUGAGUAAAGUUUGAGAUACUUGAAUAAAAGCUUUGCACCAUU